AUGGCGUGCCAUCUGCCCAACGAGGCUGCCGAGUCGGCUGUUAGCACAUUCAAUAGAUCAUGCGAACAUUGGAGCUCCGAUCAGCAGUACGCGGUCACACGAUACAAGGAGAUGACACAGCUUUCCCGUGGGACGAACGCGAAGGAUCUCCUCUCAUCGCAGCCCUUGAAGCAAAUGCUCCAGCCCCUCAGCAUCAUCUCCUUCGUGGACAGAGUCUCGCAUGUUGGGGUCAGAGUGGAAGACCUUUCCGAUGAGUAUUCGGGCGAACAAGUUCACGGCGUGACCGAGGAUGACGGUCCUUCGACCCAUAUUACCUUGACCCGUCAGAUUGGUGUGACUGACUCCAUCGAGGCCACACUACUUCACGAUGCGAACCAUGGAUAUAUCAGCCAUAACUGUUGCGGCAAUUCUGAUGACGAAGAGUGCAACAUCGCAGCGAGAUCUCAGCUAGGUCCCACAGAGUACGGUCGAGCAUUUGACAAGCUUGCGGAGGCCAUCGAACAUGUCUGGUGCCCGAAUGUCGGUAUCUAUAAGCUGGUUGUCGGUAGAAGAAGCGAUGAACAGGACUCAGAGCGGCAGGUGUCGCCAAUAGAUUCUGAGAUACCCGAGGACUGGGGUUUGGGACUCCCGACCUUUGGGCUCAAAGGAGCAGAUACUUGA